AAAAGCCAAAAAAUAAUGGAGAGUGCAACAUGUAAAUAUGAUGUGGAUGGUUUAGCAGGCAGAAGGAGAGCGGCCGCCGUCAUGGCUUCUUAUUUUGGUCUGGAUAAAUUGGUCAAGGCUGUCAGGAUCAUCAGGAAUCAUGGUGGCAUCAGGGGCGCCCUUUAUCAGCUCUAUAGGGUUGAUGACCUUAAAGAUGGCACCCUAGUGGGUGAGGAUGCUCUUGGAAACAAAUACUAUGAAAAUAAACAACUCCUACUCGGUCGUGACCGUUGGGUAAUAUAUCACCCACGUUAUGGAAUGGAUUAUGAUGGCUCUUUGGUACCAGCAGAGUGGUUUGGAUGGUUACACCACAAGACUGAUAAACCCCCAACUGAGGUUGCUCCAACUAGUUAUGGAUGGCUGAGUGGACAUACAGAGAAUAAAACUGGCACAGAAGAAGCCUACGUUCCAUAUAGCACCACCAAGCCUAAAAUUGAAGCAUGGGUACCUCCUAAACGUAUAUAGUUUAAAAAUUUUUAUAUAGCUGUGUCUUUUAGUAAAAACUGGUAUGCUAUGAAUACUUAGGGUGUAUAAACCUUUGGGUAAUACCUGUACCUUAAUGUGUUAAGUUCUGGAAUGUGUUUUUCGACUGUGGCUUUCUUAAAAAUUAAGGGUAUUUAAUUUCCUUAAGCUAAAUUCAGAUUCAUUAUUUAACCCGUAAACGGUCCAAACGUAUAUAUGUAUACGUUUUUUCAACAUUUGAAUGUAAAAAAGGUAGAUUUUUUUUUUUUACAUUUGAAAAUGUGUAAAAAAAACUUUGAUCUACUUUUGGAGCACUACACAUGUGAAUGUAGAUCUGCUUGGACCGUUUAUGGGUUAAAACUAACUCAGACUCUCAAACUAUUCAUUUUGUUUUGGCUGUACAUUUGAUUAUAAGAACACAAAAAUAUAUGGAUUUAAAAUUUUUGUUUGUCACUUAGUUUUUUUUUUUGCUUUUGAUUUGUUACACAUGCUAACAUAUAAGAAAAAUAUUAGUACGUAUAUGAGAAAAGAAAGCAUUUGCUAAGGUCAUACUAUUAUGUAAUUAAAAUUUUGGCUUAAAACUCUCUUAAGAAUUGUUUUAAAUUCCUUGUGAAGCAAACUAAAAUUGUCACUUGAGUAUAUGUGUAAUAGUAUACAAAUGUCAUUGUGAACUUGGAACACCCAUGUUUUGUUGCAUACUCUAGCAAGAAGCCUUCAGAAUGAUGCAAUAGGUUUUUUUAAGACUUCAGAUGAAGCAUAUGAACUUAUCUAUUCCUAUAGCAGCAAAUACAUUAACUUUUGUUGGCAACAGGGUUUCCAUCAUAUGUCACAAUAAGAACUAUUAUGGCUCUAGGAAUUUAUUUACAUGUAGUUUGCAAAAUCGUUUAGUUUGGCAAAUUAUAGUAGCAUACAGUUAUCAUAUUUUUAAAUCCUUCAAGAUGACAUCAUUAAAAAUAAAAUGGUAAAAGUAACUUAUAAAAAAUUACUUUGUAAAUAUGUAACAUAAUAAAUAUAGAUGAAGGACUACAAAGUUGUAUUUUUCUUCUCAAAGUGCUAAAAUCACAUUUUUGACGAUUGAAAAUAUUUUUACAUUAUUUUUUAUCUAAUCAAAGUAUUAUAUGAAAUUUCAGUAUAGUAGUAGCUGUGACAUUUUCACAGCCACAGUAAUUUGACCAUGUAAUUCACUAAGCACUCAUGGCAGUACAUAAAAUAUAUGUAUCAAAUACACUCCUUGGUCCUCUACUUCCUUGUCUUCCUCUUCUAGUCCUCAGUCCUUUAAUCCUCAGUCUUUUACUUCCUUGUCUCCCUAUUCCUAUAACUUGACCCUCUUCUCCAGCCCCUGGGUCUUCCUCUGUGGUUUCCAUUGAUAAUUCCCUUCAAGAGGGUAAGGUGUCUUGGUACUAGUGAAGGGCUCAUAAUUCAAGGAUUUUGACCCACCUUUCUUUCUCUAGAAUCAAGUUUGAUUUCUUUCCAUUCCCCAGGCACCAUAUGAUUCCUACAGGUUUAAAGGUUUCUAUGAGCAAAUAACAUCUGAUAUUGUACUAGGUUUAAAACACUCGAUUACAGAGAGAGAGAGGAACCUUAAGAUAUUUCUUCUGUUGACUACUGUGAGUUACAUACCACGGGGGUGUUGAAAUACUUUAGCCAGGACACUGAAAUAAGCUGCAAAGGAUAACUGCUCUUAGCCUUUAGAUUCAACUGUAAAAAAAAAAAAAAAAAAAAAAAAAUUAUAUUAAUUCACCCAUAAAAAUAAAUCUAAAACUGGGCAAUUCUGAAUACAAAGCUCAGUCUAAGUGGCAAUUUUACUGCAAAUGUUCUCUCUCCAGUUUCUCUUGUUUCUUAAGUCUCCCUACUCAUAUCCCCUCAAGGAAGAUUCCUUGAUGCUGGUGAGGGGCUCUUGAUCUAGGGAAUUGGAUAUGUGCUCCAGUUCCCCGAAUUAAGCCUGAAUAUCUUCCACAUCCCCCCACAAGUGCUGUAUAAUCUUAUGGGUUUAGUACUUCCUCCUUGAUUAUAAUAAUAAUCCCUACUCAUCUCUUCUGCUCUGGACUUGUAAUAUUAUUUUUUACAAUUUACCCCUUUCCAAAUCUGCAAUUACACACUUGAAUUUCACUCCACCAAUGUUGACUUAGGAGGUAUCUUUUUUUAAUGUUUGAAACUAGGCUACUGAGAGUUUUGGAAGUUAUCUGAACCAUUCCAGGAUGCUGAGAAUGGGUUCAGCUACUUUGUUCAUAUGGCGACCGCACAUGCCAAUUGUUCCAAGAACUUGACCUCGUUACCCUACAUAAGUGAUGAUGAUUUGACGAUCAGAUCAGACGAGGCCUCAAGUUAUGUGCAAAAGAAAAACAAAGUUGGAGGAAGAAAAAGAAAUUCUGGCAACUACUUGAAGUCCCCCUUCGAGAUACCAAAUGAUAAUUAAUUUUUAAAGGGGUGGACUGGUAAGCCAGCGGAAGGCCUCGGUCAGAUCACCAAAAGCUCCAACUGUGGGUUGUCAUAUGACUAAGACCAGUGGAAGGAAAUACUUCCUGACAAACCUUACCUAACCCAACCCAAGAGGAAGAGUUUCCAGAUGCACAAGUGACUUAUCUAUCAACUUCUCGGUUUUCUAAACCAUUUAUUCAAAGGAUUAAAAAUAACUUGUAACUCUUGAGCAAAUAUUAAAUUAAAUUACCUGCAA